AUCAAAAUGUCAUAAUGAACCAGCGUGUUUUUGGGUUCUCGUGUGCUUCAUCGAAUUCGUACUUCAUUUCAUAAAUAAAACUGGAAAAUGGUGAGACACAAUAAUCAAUUGCCGGAUAAUCUCCCGCAAUUGCAGAAUUUGAUCAAAAGGGAUCCUGAGUCGUACCGGGAAGAAUUCCUUCAACAAUACCAACACUUCCUGAGCGUGUUGGAUGUAUUUCGUUUAGAGCCGGACAAGGAAAGCAAAGGCUUAUGUGAAUCAAUGAUGUUUUUAGCUCAGGUUGCGCAGUGCUAUGUUGAAGAACUAAAAACAUUUCCACAAACUAUUGUGGAUUUAUUGAAAACGCAUUCAACAACACUUGAUCCGGGAAUGAGAAACACGUUCUGCAGAGCAUUAAUUUUGCUGCGUAAUAAAAACUUAAUAUCUCCAUUGGAUCUACUAGAACUGUUUUUUGAGUUACUUCGUUGCCCAGAUAAAGCGCUCCGGACAUUUCUUGAGGGUCACAUAAUUACAGAUAUCAAAAACAUGAAUGCCAAACAUAAGGAUAUGAAAUUGAAUUCAACAUUACAAAAUUUCAUGUACACAAUGCUGAAGGAUGCCAACCCAAAGGCAGCAAAAAUGUCUAUAGACAUUAUGAUUGAACUGUACAAGAAACGAAUAUGGGAUGAUACCAAGACCGUAAAUGUCAUCGCAUCGGUCGGCUGUUUUUCGAAAGUUACCAAAGUGAUGGUUGCAGCACUGAAGUUCUUUUUGGGAACAGACGAGGAGAACGAGAAAGAAUCGGACGACAGCGAUAAGGAAGUGGAUCUGAAGGGUAUCAUGAUGACGAAUCGCGUAAACAAAAAAACUAAAAAACGUAAGAGACAGUUGGAUGCAGCAAAGAAACUGUACAAUCAAGCUCAGAAGAAGAAGACUAAAGCAGUCAGCUUCAAUUUCUCGGCUUUGCACUUAGUCCAUAAUCCGCAGGGUUUGGCUGAAAAUUUGUUUAAACAAUUACAAAACGGAAAUGAACGAUUUGAGGUGAAAUUAAUGCACUUGGAUAUGAUUUCUCGUUUGAUUGGAAUACAUGAAUUGUUCUUAUUCUCUUUCUACCCAUAUAUUACAAGAUUCAUCCAACCUCACCAACGACAAGUGACGAGGAUUUUACAAUUCGCUGCACAAUCAUCCCAUGAACUUGUGCCGCCAGAAUUGAUUGAACCUGUUAUCAAAACCUUAGUGAACAACUUUGUAACCGAACGCAACUCGAGUGAUGUCAUGGCAAUUGGAUUGAAUGCCGCUCGUGAGAUCUGUAUUCGAUGUCCAUUAGCAAUGAACGAAGAUCUGCUUCGUGAUCUCACGAUGUAUAAAAACUACAAAGAAAAGUCGGUCAUGAUGGCAGCCAAGUCUCUUAUCUUGCUCUAUCGAGAGCAGAUUCCUACGCUUUUAGCUAAAAAAGAUCGAGGACGCCCCACAGAGGCAAGCGUCGAAAUAAAACCUAAGAAGUACGGCGAAGUCCAAGCGUUGGAUUACAUUCCGGGAACAGAAGCAUUGUUGAACACAUCUCCUGCUGUUGAGAUAGAUAAUGAUGAAGAAGUCAAUAAUUCGUCAGAUUCCGAUUGGGUUGAUGUUGAAAGCGAUGAAGAGCUUCCUGAGCCUAAAAAAGGGAUAACAAUGAUAAAACAAUCACCUGAAGAUGAUAACUCUGAUGAUGAUGGUGAUAGCGAAAGCGAAGGUGAGUGGGAAACAGACUCGGAUGCUGGCAGCGACUCCAGCGAUGACGAAGAAGAAGAGGCACCAAAACAGAAAAAGGUGAAAACAUCCAAUGAAGAUAGAAGUAAUAAUAAACAAAAAGGUUCGAAAAAACAAAACACGGAAUCUGAGGUGAAACACAACGAGAGAAAACAAACUGAACAAAAUGUAACUACGUUGACUUCUAAAGAAGCGGUUCAAGAGCUGGCUCUUACUAAAAUAUUUACCGACGCAGAUUUUCAACGCAUAGAACAAGAGCAGAUCAAGAAAAAGAUGACCCAUAACAGUAAGAAACGCCAACUCGAGAAAGAGAAAAGUGAGUUCGUUAAGCUGGAUGAUAUCGAAAUGAUUUACAAGAAGAGAAAAACGGAUAAGGAGGCACGUCUUGAGAGUAUGAAGAAAGGCCGUGAGGGUCGGGACAAGUUUGGCUAUAAAGACAACCGCCAUGAUCCUUUUUGUUCGAAAACAAAUUCCGAGAAGCGUAAAAACAAAAACUUUAAUAUGAUUCGCCAUAAAGCUCGCGGAAAGGUGAAGAAAUCUUUCCGUGAGAAACAAAUAGCGCUGAGAAAACAUCUGAUGCAUAUGCAAAAAAUGAAGUAGCCUUCCUUUCUUGUUGGCCUUUUAAUGAAAUAGCCGAAUUACGAUUAGAAACAGCGGAACAGGUUCGCGAAUAAUAUUUCAUUCGAUGUGUAAAAUUUGAAGCAAUAAACAAUAGGGAAAUUAA